AUGAUUAAAAAAUUAAAUAAAAGGAGUAAUCUUUAAUCUGCCCCUGAAAUAAUAAGAACAAGACAGAAGCCCCAUUCAGAUUUAGAGAUUGAGAAUUUGGUUAUGCAAGACAUUCGAAAGAAAAUUUUGAAUGAUGAAAUGAAUACUAUUUAAUUUUAUGAUAUAGUGUAACCCGAUUAGGAUGAAAUGAUUGCUACUUUAAAAGACUCUUAAAAGAAACCCAUUAAAUUGCACAGGAGAGUAUAAAGAACUGAUUUGGAAAGCAAAUUAAGGGCUAGAAUAUCUAAUGAGCCAGGCUCAAAGUUAUUGUUAUAAGAGAUUUAUGAGAAAUUAGAAGAGGAUCCUGGGAAAAAUGCAAUUCCUAUACAUAAGAAAUUACAUUAAGAGGAAUAGCUUAAAGUGGAUUUGCGAUAUAAACCUGAAAGUGAGGAUCAAUUAGUGGCAAAUUUGGAUUAAUGGUACAAAGGAAUAAAAAGGAAACGGAAGCAGCAUCAGGAUCAAUUGAGAUAAGAGUAAGAGAAUGAAAGACUGACUAAAGCCUAAAUGUAAGAAAGAACCUAAUCCUUAAUAUAAUAAAGGAGAGGGGGUUUAAAUGACAAAACCAAACCAAUUUAAUCUACAUCCUCUUUCCCAAAAUUACUAAUUGAUUCAGCAAAAACAGAAAAUGAAUAAAGCACUUUUAAGUAGAAGUUGUUGGGAUCGUUGAAAAAGAUUACUGCUAUUAAAAAGAUUGAGACUCUUCAUUAAGACCCCUCUUUGAAUAAAUAAUUAGACAAAUAUUUAUAACAAGGAUCCAAUCUAACCAAAUAAGAAUUAGCAUAGAUUGAAUAAGCUAAAGCCAAACAAUAUGGGGAUGAUUAAAACAAUGGAACUUUAAUUUUCGAUUAUACUGUUGAAGGAUUGAAAAGUAGUUUACACACUAUGAUUAAAAUGUAAUUCACAUCCUUUCAAAAUGCAAGUGAUAGAGCAAUAUUCUAUGAAAAAUAAACUAAUUAAAUUUUAUUAUCCAUAAAUUAAAGACUUGAUAGACAAAAAAAUACAGUAAAGAGGAAUGAAAAAGACUUAGAAAUAUUGAGAAUUGAAAAUCAUGAAAUUCAUAAAAAAUUGAGAGGAAUUUAAGAUUUUUUAAAAGAGAGAAAGGAGGAACUUAUUGGAAUUAAUAAAAAACCAUAGCAGUCUAUUAAUUCACCUAAUAUAAAACAUAACUCCAGUUAAGUUGAUAAUUAUAUGGUCAUUGCAAUUAAAUAAAAUGAGUUAGAGGCUUAAAUUGAAUAGAUGAAGGAUAAUUAUAAUAAUUUUUCAGAAUAAAUGAAACUAAAUUCAAUGUAAAUAGAAAAAUUAGAGUAAGAAAACUCUAAACUUAAUAAGAACAACAAGACGCUUCUAAAAUCUAUUUAAGGCUUUCUAUUAGAGCUUCUUAAAUUAGGCUUAGAUUGUCGAUCUUAAGGUUUAUCUUGGAUAAUUAAGGCGAUUUGGGAUUCAGGCGAAAAAAUAGCAGAUUCAAAUUUUCCUACUUAUUUAGAUAGCAAGGCCAGAGAUUUUCUUUUUAUUCGGGCUAAAAAAACAAUAGAACUAAAUGAUCUAUAUAAAAAAGCACACUUCUUAUUCAGAAAUUAUAGAGACACUACAAUAGAUACAGGAAACAAUUCAGUCGUGUCUCUGUUAUCAAAAAAUUAUUUUUCUUAAAUUGAUUCAAUAGAAAUUAAAAAAUAGCAUAUUGAUUAAAUAAAAUAAAGAUAAUAAAAUAAUGUAGCCUUAUUAACAGAAGGAUUAAGCCCAACUGAACAUAAAUUAAUAGAAAAAGCAUUUACAUAGAUAUUUUAAAGUAAAGAAACCCAAAACGAUAUAAUCUAUUUGGAAGCUUCAAGGAAGAUAUCAAAAAUGUUUAAGUAAGAAGGGUCUUAAGAAUAAUCUAUUGUGUUCAGUGAGAUAAACAACUUUGAAAAGGAUAGGCUGAUAAAGGAGUACCAAUAAAUUCAAAAGGAUAUUGAAAUGAAAGAGAAUUAAUUUUAAAAAUUGGAAGAAACAGAAUUGUAGAGAUUAAUAAAGGAAAUUGAUUAUAAGAAUUAUUUGGCAAGAUUUAACAUUGAAGCAUUGUAAGUAUUGGCAGCACAAUUUGGAUAUUAAAAAGCAGAGAGAGAGUUGAUUAAAUAUGGGCUGUUGCAUAAAAUUGUGAAUAAUUGA